GAGGUGGUGGGGCGCUCAACUUGCGUCGCCCUCCCAGUUCAGGUCUGCAGCGGCGGUGCCGACACCGUGGACCAUCUUGCCGCCCAUUUGUCCCGUCACGAGUGUGCAACCUUACACUACAUUCACCUUCCCGUAAGCCACGGCAGCCACUUUCGCUUGGCCAGCCUCAUGACGUGCAUGCCCUUCCUUCGUGGCAUGCCGAUGUCUUAACUUCCCUCCUCCCUACGCUGGCCUGGCCCUGGCGGGUCGCCAAAAGAUUCUCUCCCCAGGCCCAACCCAACACCCACCGCAACCCAUGCCUUUCUCUACUCCCCACCGACGUCAUGGAUCCCCAUUCCGCGGCCCAGGCGGGCGGUGACGAUUACGACCCUUUCUUGCAACACGUCGAACAAAGUCCGAGGUGGGACCCACUUGCGGCAACCCCCGAUGUUGACUUGCCAGCAUCGCCGCCGCAGCCCCCAAGGGUCGCCUUUGCGUCCGGCGGCCCGUACCCGCCGGCUGGCGCCGACACUCCCUCCAGCAGUGUCGGCCUGGGGAUCGAAUCCGCCGACCAGGCCCGCUUUCCAGGGUACCACGCCAUCGUCUCUCGAGACUCGUUCCAGCAAGACAGUGCGCCGGGGACACCUUCGGCUCCGCAGCCUGCUAACGAGCCGUCCAAGUCGACAUUCCAGACAUUCCAGCGACAAGAGUACACACUCAGCAGUCCCGAUACAGCACCGUAUUACGGCUACUACCCGCAUCCGCAUGGUGAUGCCGUUUCGCCCAACGGCCCCCGGGGGCCCCGGUGGGCCAGGCUGACCCGGUCGAGAGCGUGGAUGAUGCUUUCCGGCGGCUGGCCCAUGUACAUUACCUUCUUGCUCGGAUUCGGCUUUGCCGUGGGCCACCACGGCUUCUACAGUCGGCUCGAUGGCAAGCCAGCCGACGACCAGAUCCGCAUGAUGCGGUUCGGCAACCUGUUGUCCUACGCUGCCAAGGCGUCCUUCGUGGCAACCGUCAUGUUUUCGUACCGGCAGCAGGUCUGGGUGACCGCCAUCCGGAACGUCCUCCGGCUGAGGACCAUCGACGGACUAUUUGCUGCUUUGGAGGAGCCAGUCGCCCUGUUCAACUGGGAGUUUCUCAAGAAGGCGCCCGUGAAUUUUUCGUUGGCGGUGCUGGCAUGGCUCUUCCCCCUGGUUGUGAUUUUGAUCCCAGCCGCGCUUACCGUAGCGCCCCUCACAGAGACCGUGGAUGGCCAAUGUUUCGGUGUCCGAACCCUCAACUUCGAUGCCGAAAAGAGCAAGAACUGGAGGACCACGGAUCGAAUCAACGGGUACCGCAGCAUCUCUCUUUCUUACUACAACAGCACCGUCUCAAACUCGGACAGUAUGGUUGAUACGCCCUUCAACGACACCUUUUUUGAUUACUGGACCGGGAUUAGCAACCAGCUCGACCUGGUGUCGGCGCGGAGCGUCCUCACUGGUGCUGUUGUUCCCAGGCGCGAUGUCGCCCUCGAGACCUGCGGUGCUGGUUGGAACUGCAGCUAUACCAUAUCCUUCCAGGCGCCUGGAUACAAAUGCGACGAAAAAGCGAGAAACCAGUCGCUUGAUGCAGACAUUCCGGGCUUGCCGUUCGAUAGGAGCCUGCUGUCGCCCGUUGGCAACUACAGCUAUGUGGCCAAAACCAUGCUGGGCGAAUACUACAGUCCUCAAGUCGACGUCCAAAUUGGCGGCGCUCCCAAGUCGAAACCACCGUAUCCGCACAACCUCGGUGCCUUCAGGACGGAGCCGGAGUUGUGGAUCGGCUAUGUCGAGUACAAAGGGCCCGGCCGGCCCCCGGAAAACCGGAGUUCUGAGAAUUGGAACACGUCUCUCGAGGCAGUGAUAUUCCGCUGUGAUCACUAUCUCACCAACUACACGGUCCAGUUUAACCACACCUACUCCCAGCAGGCCACGACCGUGCUCAAGAGAGACUACCUCCGGCCCAUCAUCAACACAACAUAUAUACCUGACAAGAAUGCCAACGACGGGACCCUCGACAACACGACGGCCGUACCCGAGUCAAACUUUGUCUUUCCCAUCGACUUUGAGAACUACCGUGUCACGGCCGCCUACCAUUCUCUGGGGCUUACCAUGCGCCGCUAUCUCGACGGCAACGUCCAAUAUGUCCCCUUCGCCAUGAUCGCAGGGGACCUGGCCAAGACGGCGCUCCUCGACACGGAAAGCUACCUGCCCGUCCCUGGCCUGAUGGAGCAGGUCCAGCUCUUGUACGAAAACAUCACACUCUCGCUGCUCUCCUACCCGCAGUUCGUCGUCGUCGCGUGGGCCGCGCUGCCCACCAACCACAGCGGCGUCAGCAACAGCACCGACCCGGCGCUCGCCUACCCGUGCGUCAGGACGCGCGUCGCCAACGCGUACGUCUUCAACCGCCGCGACCUGUGGCUCUUCUACGCGAUCGCCAUCGCCCUCGCCUUCGCCGCCGUCGUCCUCGGCACCGCCGCGCUCGGCCAAAACGACUUCCACGUCCGCGACACGCACGUGUCCAGCGUCGUCGCGGCCACCCGCGCCCCCUGCCUCGACGGCCUGCCCUGGAAGGCGAGCAAGUGGGGCGAGGUGCCGCGCGAGAUCCUCGACACCCCGCUCGGCUACGGCAUCGUCGCCGAGCCCGGCCCGAACGGCACGCCCGCCGCUACCGCCAUGGCCGGCGCCCUCGGCAGCCCCGUCGUCGUCAGCGGCAAGGUGUACUACGGCUUCGCGCCCAAGGAGGUCCUGGAGCGCACGAGGGUCGCGACCUUUGGGCCGGGCCGCCACCAGCGCAGGAGUCGCUUCAGUGCGUGGAGCUUCAAGCCGUGGCAUCGCGACGAGGGGGGGCAGGGGUUCUGAGUGCGUGUGAUUGGGUUGGCGGGCCGGUGCACUCUGGGUGGUUGGUUGGUUGGGCUGGUUUCCUUUUCAAUGCAUUGCGAUCUAUUGCGCU